UCUAGUCGGAUAUCAAGGAUGGUACGUUCGAUAGUCAAUUAUCGCUAAGACGCAAGCCAGAGGGCCAACGAGUCCCUCUGUAGCUAAACUUGCGGAUGGAUGAUCAUGAUAGAGUAUCGCGCUGAACACUACUUUUUCAGGUUCACGUGCAAUGGAGACGGAGAACCCAUGGAUCCUAACCACCACGGAUGGUUGCACUGGUUCGAUAAGCCGAUCCCAGAUGGCGGACGCCCCAACACAGACCUAUGGCCAGAUGUAUCCGAAUACUCCCCAUCCGAGCUGUUUCUCGCCCCAGAUCUCCAGAAUGCAGAUGGAGAGCCCGUAUUCCUCUUCUCUUCGCGAAACUCAAAGACGGUGAGGCGCCACUUUCACUGGAUGGCGUUACAUGGUGUCGAUGGCGCGUUUUUGCAACGAUUCGCAGGCCAAUGCGACGUGGAGGCGGGCUCAGAAGCAAUGAGGAAAAUCAGAGAUGAAGUGGGCGAUCGUGUCAGAGAGGCUGCUGAAGCAGAGGGAAGGGUCUUUGCCAUAAUGUAUGAUGUCUCGGGUGUUCACCCUGACAAGAUUCAACGGGUGCUCGAGCAAGAUUGGAUGCAUCUCAUACGCGAUAAGUGUGUCCUAGACAGCCCAAAUUACCUUCGGGAGAAAGGCAAGCCGGUCAUCGCUCUGUGGGGUUUUGGAUUCAAUGACAGACACCACUCUCCACAGGUCGUCAGAUCUAUUGCCAACUUCUUUCGUUCCUCCACACCAGGCGGUGCUUAUCUUAUGGCUGGCGUACCUGGGCAUUGGCGCACAUCAACAUCUGAUAGUGACCCAGACCCCGAAUUCUUGCGAGUCUGGACAGAAGAUUUCGAUGCGCUCAGUCCCUGGACUGUAGGACGUUACGGGAACGAAGAGGAAGCGGAACGCUGGGGGAACGAGAAGGUCAAACAGGACUUUGAUUUUCUGAAGCGAAGAGAAGACGAAGGGGGAAAGAAAGUAGAUUAUAUACCCGUAGUGCUCCCUGGAGGCAGCGGCUACAAUCUCUCUCGCGGGCAAUGGGGACUCAAUGGAAUAAAGCGAAACGGGGGCCACUUUCUCUGGAAACAAAUCCACGCCGCCAGACACGCAGGGGUGCGCAUCAUCUACGGCGCCAUGUGGGACGAAUACGACGAAGGCACAGCAUUCAUGCCCGUAGUCUCUUCUUCAAAGCAACUCCCGAUUCAUCCACAAUUCAAUUUUAUAGCACUCGACGCCGAUGGCCACUCGCUUCCGUCAGACUGGUACAUGCGCAUAGCUGGUUUCGCUGCUGAAUCCCUACGCGGUGAACGUAUGUUACACGAGUCAUUUCCCGUCAAGGAGUUGCAGGAUUAUUGGGCUACUCGUCCCAGAUAUGAGGAAACGACACCGCCAAAGGAAGAGGCGGAGCAAUGGAAUGAAGCUCAAAGAGCAUACCACGAUUGGGCUGCACAGGAGGAAGGCGUAGUGUUAGACGAGGCGCCUCCACCAUAUAUGCUGGAAGAUGAAACGCAGAGUCCUCAGGCAGGCAGUGCACAAAAUACCAGACUAGUCUCACCUGAGGCCACCAGUUCUACCCUCGAUCGUUCAUCAGUCUCAUCUGCGCUACCGCCACCUUCUCCGAUGUCAGCAAGGCCUGAAUAUCCGCCCGGCUUGGACAAGCGUACCCAACAAUCCUAUCAGCAUCCAAGCUCUUCGUAUCCCAUUGCCAGGUCAUCGUCUCGGGUUCCCUCCCCUGUUCCAACAUCCGCUGUUGUGACCAAUCCCACUCAACAAACAUUGCCACACCUUCCGCAGCGUGCGUCAGGGUUUUCCUCUAUAAGUUCUUCAGGCAUGCAGAUGCCUUCCGUGCAAGUGAGCCCAAGCGUUGUACCCAUCUCUCCGCUCCCGGCUUCAGCAAGACCCAUCUCACCGCUCCCGGCUUCAGCAACACCCAUUUCAUCAUGGUCGCAACACCCAGUUCAACAACGCAAUCUUCCAAGUCACCCCCAUGCCCCACCCCUUGAUUCCCGCCCCUCACUCACACUGCAGGGGGAGCCUUCCACUAUAGGUGCACCUCAUAGAUCUUCCAUAGCAACGAACAGGCCAGCACAUCCCUACCCCGUACCAAUUCCACGCAUGCAAGACUACUACCAAGGCCAGAUUCCGCCAACACAACCUCAGCCUGUUGGUUCUCGCUCUCCACAACCCUAUUCUUCACCUGGAUGCGGAACUCAGAGCUUGCCUCCGCCUAUACCGUCUCGUCAUCCCAUGCACCCACAGCCUUCGAACCAUUUCCCUUUGAACCAUUCAGCAUCAGGAAAUUGUCGAGGGCGCGGGGGUAGUGGUCGAGGGCGUGGUCGAGGGCGCGGAGCUGGUCGAGGUUGAAUAAUGUUUGACCUCUCAUGAUCUCACAAGCACCGUGACGCUUCGCUUGCAGCCUUGUAUGGUUACGGACAUAGUACUAAGUUGAACUUUGUAAUUGAUAACUGUUGUAUCAUUGAGCGGACUUUAUAAAUUAUGGCCUUAUGCUUGUUCGAGGGGCUGUGGAAUGCAGUUGAGUCUUUCAUAUUA